AUAAAAAAGAAAACUUUUUGAAAGAUUAACCUUUGAAAUUUCAAGCCGUUGUUGCACAGUCUUAUGACGUACUAAAGCAAAAUAUAAAGUAUGAAAGGUAAAAUAGUAAAGCAUUCUUAGAUACCUUUUCAAAAUUUAUACUUUGAUCCUAUAAGUUGUACUUCUUUAAUUUACCACCCUUCUCUCUCUGGCUAAGUCUCUUAAUCAUUUUCUUCAUCCUCUUUUUGUUUCUUUGUUUUCAGUGUGAGUUUGAUAAGGCCAUGUUUUGGAGAUAAAGAUCUCUCAAGUAGUCUCCUUUGUCUAGGAGAUGAAAGCUCUCAAAGCAAGGUUUCGCGUUUGUUUCAAAACAAGGAGACCUCCGUUGAAAAAAUGAGUUUUUUACAAAAGGGUAUGGAUUUUCUCAAACCGAAGGUGGGUUUCUAUGGAGGUUACCCUUUAUCGAAGCCUUCAAAGCCUGGGAAUUCUGGAUCACAAGGACAAGAACUCACUCUUAGCUACCUUUGUGAAAAUCCCAAACUGGGUUUGCUUUCCGGGAAAGAUUUUCCUGGGAAAACCCUGCUGGAAAAAGUUGCUGCUAGUUACAAAGGCAAAGAAGUUGUCGAUUCCGAGAAUUCAAACCAAGACGAGCAAUGGGUUGAAAGGGAUUUCUUGAGCUUGAGUGAAAGUAAAGGGAUCGGUUCAAAACGACAGGCCGAGGAAGAUUUUCAAGGGAAUGAGAAACGACCAAAGCUUGAAACUUUGAAUCUGUCUUUAGCUUUACCUGAUGUUUCUCUCUCUUUAACUGCUUCAAAUGCUUUGCAGAAUGGCGAUUUUCCAGACAAUCAUACAUCAAGGCCUAGUAGGAGUGUAAUGUCUUUGGCUCCAUCAAACAAUAACACACAAACCACUUGUUCUAAUGAUUUCACUGCUGCUUCGUUGUCAUACUCUUACUCUCUGCCGUUUUCGCAUAAUCCGAGCUGCUCGUUGACCCGGAAUUCGACCGAGAAUUUCGAGUGUUCUGCUGGGAAAGAUGAUCAGAUUUGGUGUGGUGGUGAGGGUACUAACGGAUCUGUUCAUAGUCGGUUUAGGCCAAUUGGCGAUGGAGUUGCUUUGACCAGUCUUUAUAGAACUGCUAGUUCAGAUAAUCAUUCAUUUUUCCCAUCCGAAUUGUCUGCUAAGCCGCGUUCUGAUAAUCAUUGUGGCGAUUCGAUGGUUUUGGAGAGUAAGGAUGGUGGGAGAUCCGGAAAGAUUUCGAGACCAGACAGAAUCCUUUGUAAGAUUAUAUCCGAGUCAAUCGUUUCCAUGGCUCAAAAAAUGCAGGAGCUCCCUGAGGAAACAGUGGAAUUGAGUAAAGAAUACCUUAGGAAUCUUAUAUCAACCCCAGAGAAGGAUGAAUUAGUGGGACUUCAAAACCGGCUGAAGGCGAGAUCUGAUCUUACUAGGGAGACUCUCUCAAAGUGUCAUAAGGACCAGCUAGAAGUCUUAGUUGCAGUGAGAACAGGCAUUAAAAGCUUCUUGUCCGGAAAAAUCCGGCUUCCCAUGACGGAGCUGAUCGAUAUUUUCUUGUUUAUGAGAUGUAGGAAUCUGAAUUGCAAGAGUUUGUUGCCUGUAGAUGACUGUGAUUGUAAGGUAUGCUUGACAAAUAAGGGGUUUUGCAGUUCUUGCAUGUGUCCGAUAUGCUUGAAUUUUGAUUACGCCAGCAAUACUUGCAGUUGGAUCGGCUGCGACGUAUGUUCUCAUUGGUGCCAUGCUGCCUGUGGUAUGCAGAAGAACCUUAUCAAGCCAGGUCCUAGCUUAAAGGGACCAUCUGGGACUACCGAAAUGCAAUUUCACUGCAUAGGUUGCGGUCAUGCGUCGGAAAUGUUUGGAUUCGUUAAGGAUGUGUUUUUAUGCUGCGCAAAGGAAUGGGAUCCCGAAACACUAACGAAGGAGCUCGAUUGUGUGCGGAAUAUUUUCAGGGGCAGUGAUGAUCAGAAAGGCAAGGACUUGCACAUGAAAGCUGAUGAGCUCUUCAUCCGGCUCCAAAGCAAAAUGAUGUCCACUAGUGAUGUGUGUAGCACAAUUCUUCGGUUCUUCAACUUUUCUCCUUUCCGGCCGGGACAAACAGACACCGAUGGUUUAUCGGACUUUCCCGCAUCUGGUGCAUGUUCAAAAGACUUGACGACAACACAAGUUGACCUUCAGAAAGAUGAAUCAUCCGUCACACCGGCUACUCCCGUUCCUCCAAAGAUCGCUUUCUACAGCGCAGGCAAGUCAAGUGGACUCGAUUUACUUCCAAACAACCGCAGUCAGAAAGAUCUCGAAACUGCUCUCGCAAACGACCUAAAAAACAAAGACGAGUACCAGUUCGGCCGGUUAUCAAACACAGACGGAUUCGACAGCAUAGAGAGCAUGAUAAAGAUCAAGGAAGCAGAAGCAAUAAUGUUUCAAAGCAAGGCAGACGAAGCACGGAGAGAUGCCGAGAAUUACACGAGGAUGAUCCGAGCCAAAUCCGAAAAGGUGGAAGAAGAGUACGUGGAGAAGCUAUCGAAGCUUCGUUUGAAGGAGACCGAGGAAAGACGACGGAGGAAAUCGGAAGAAGUGAAAGUCCUGGAACAUUCACAUUGUGAUUAUUACAAAAUGAAACUGAGGAUGCAAGCAGAGAUUGCUGGUUUGUUGGAGAGGAUGGAAACCAGAAAGCAGCAACGGGUUUAACUCUUUGUUUCGGUUAAUCAUUAAGCUUAAGUAUUUAUAGUGUGUUUCAAGUUUUUAACAUUCUGGAUUUUGCUGCUUCUUUAAAUUAUGAUUUUUUGUUUUCUUUUUCAAUUGUUAACCUUACUGUAUUUGUUUCAUGACAAAUUUGA